AUUUGCUCAUGAAACUGGGAAAGGAUGUCUCCGCUUCGCUUCCUUAGAAAGCGCCGAAUUCUGUAUUUGUUAGUCUUGUGUCUCUUCGUGCUGGGUUGUUUUACAGCCUUGAAGAUCCUCUCGUCCUCCGAGGCCGAGGAAGAAAGCAAGCCCAAACACGAGUUAUUCAAUAAACCUGAACUUGAAGAAACUGUAACAGGACGUGUCAGUGCAGUACCUUCAGAAGCCGAUCACGAUGCACACAAAGUUGAAGACAAGGAAAUCAAGCAAGACAAUCAAAUGUUUCCUAACGAGUCAGAAACAAAGCAACUCACGGCGAAUUCUUUGAACGAAGAGCCGGAUUCUUCACUACCAGAACCAAACUACAACAUCCACAUUUUUUACUACGCGUGGUAUGGAAACCCAGAGCACGAUGGAAGAUACGUGCACUGGAAUCACCAGUACCUUCCCCACUGGAACCCCGAUAUUGCUAAACAAUAUCAGAAAGGCUAUCACUCUCCUCCAGAUGACAUUGGGUCUAAUUUUUACCCUGCGCUAGGUCCUUACAGCUCCAAAGACCCCAAGGUUAUCAAUGAACACAUGAGGCAAAUGAGAACUGCAGGGGUGGGUGUGAUUGCUCUGUCAUGGUACCCCCCCGGAAGGGCAGACAGUGAGGGGAUUCCCAGUGAUGGUCUCGUUCCCAGCCUCUUGAAUGCUGCAGCCAAGUACAGACUGAAAGUCACUUUGCAUAUUGAGCCUUACAAGGGAAGAGAUGAUAAAACUGUUCACAGUGACGUGAAAUACAUUAUAGACACCUACGGCAAACACGAGGCUUUCUACAAAUACCAGACAGCUGAUGGGAGAUCCUUACCCAUGUUGUAUAUUUAUGAUUCUUACCAUACCCCAGCAGAAGCUUGGGCACAAUUGAUGACAACUGAUGGGUCACACUCAGUGCGUAACACACCAUACGACUGCAUAUUUAUUGCACUGAUGGUGGAAAUGAACCACCGAAAGUACAUAGACACUGGGGGGUUUGACGGUUUCUACACUUACUUUGCCACUGAUAAAUUUACGUAUGGCUCUACAUGGAGAUUUUGGCCUCAGCUCAAAUCCAUAGCAGAGCAAACCAACACCUUAUUUAUACCUAGUGUGGGACCAGGGUACAUUGACACUGCAGUCCGGCCAUGGAAUAGUGCUAACAUGCGGUUACGUAACGGUGGCAAUUACUACAGAAAUAGCUGGAAAGCAGCGUUGCAAACCAGUCCUCAUAUUAUAUCAAUUACGUCAUUUAAUGAGUGGCAUGAAGGAACACAAAUCGAAAAAGCUAUUCCAAAAUGGUCCAGUGGACUUUUCUACAAAGAUUAUAGUCCCAAUGCAGCUGACUUUUAUCUCAAAUUGACCAAAGAGUUUGUAGAAAAGUUUGUUGCUGUACAUGAAUAAAGUUUUCAGUAAUUUUGUUUAGA